UCGUUGAAAAUUUCUUGCAUUGGAACUUUAGGGCAAAAUCGGUAGAUCAACUUAAUUUCUUUCUUCAUCACCAUUUUCUCACGUUCUCAGCAAAAUCACAGCAAUUAUUCAGCUCCGUUCUCUCUCUCUUCAGCAUUCCUUGGAGCUUUGGGGACUCAGUUCAUCUCCCUCGUCGGUUGGCGAAUCAAACAUCGGUGAUCUCAUUUCUUCAGUCAAUGUCUCUUGAAUAAGGUAAAGGCUCGAAAUGGGAAUUUUUGAUGGCUUGCCAGUUCCUCCCGAGAAAGAUUAUUUAAAGGAUGAACUUUCGAGAGUGGAUGAGAGCUGGGCUGCUGCAAGGUUUGAUUCACUUCCUCAUGUUGUUCAUAUUCUAACGUCAAAAGAUCGUGAGGGGGAAGCACAAGUUUUAAAGGAGCAGAGUGAUGUUAUUGAGGAAGUUGUGGAUGAAGUGGUGCAUGCUUUUCACAGUGGUUUCAACAAAGCCAUUCAAAAUUACUCCCAGAUAUUGCGUUUAUUUAGUGAAUCUGCCGAAAGUAUAGCAGUUUUGAAAGUUGAUUUAGCUGAUACAAAAAAGAGUUUCAGUGCCCGCAGCAAGCAGUUGCAUCAGCUUUGGUAUCGUUCGGUUACAUUGCGUCACAUAAUAUCCCUUCUAGAUCAAAUUGAGGGCAUUGCUAAGGUUCCAGGGCGAAUUGAAAAACUUAUAGCAGAAAAGCAAUUUUAUGCAGCAGUGCAACUCCAUGUUCAAUCUGCAUUGAUGCUUGAGCGAGAAGGGCUUCAAACAGUUGGUGCUCUUCAAGAUGUGCGGUCGGAGUUGACAAAAUUACGGGGAGUUAUUUUUUAUAAAGUUUUGGAAGAUUUGCAUGCUCAUCUUUAUAAUAAGGGUGAUUACAGUUCAGCAGUCUCAAUCAUGCAGGAAAGGGAUGAUGAUGUACCAACUGCUGAAGCUGUUGCUUUGUCUUUGAAUAGCUCACAAUCUCUGUCUCGAAGAACCAGGUCACAGAGAGGUGACAGUCAGUUUGGCAGUCAUGUAGAUGGAUCAUUUAGAACAGGUUCUGUUGAUGAUGGGUCAUCUUAUGAUGGCCACGAGGAAGCUAGUACUUUGGAAUUAAACGAUGAAGCUGUUUCAGACGGUCAGUCAACUUUUUCAAGGGUCAAUGGUGGAGAUGGUGGUUUAAAGGAGGCGAAACUGGUUACACGUCAAUUGCCAACAUGGCUUUCAAAUUCCAUUCCGGAUGAAUUUCUAGAAAUAAUUAAGAAGCUUGAUGCUCCAGUUCAUGUGAAGUAUUUACAGACCAUGAUUGAAUGUCUGUGCAUGCUUGGCAAAGUUGCUGCUGCCGGUGCUAUCAUAUGCCAAAGAUUGCGACCAACUAUCCAUGAGUUAAUAACUUCUAAAAUCAAAGCUUAUGCAGAACAAAGAAAUUCUGCAAGGUUAGGCUUUGGUCAGGCUGUUCGAUCUGGGACUGCUGCUCAUUUUACGAAGGGACAGUUAGAAAGUUUCCAUGUACCAAAACAUAAGUGCCAGAAUGGGAUAUCACUGGCUGGGACACUGAUUGCAGUAAGCCCUGUCUCACCUGUGAUGGCUCCCAUGGGAAAGGCACAGACUUCUGCGAGAGAUCUUCUUGAUUCUGUUUUGGAAACUAUUGUUCGUGUAUUUGAGAAUCAUGUUGUUGUUGGGGAGCUUCUUGAAGCAAAAGUAUUGCGACAUGCAGAUAUGAAUACACCGAAGUCAAUGCCAACUGAUGAUAGUUGGAAUCCAGACUCUGAAGCUUCUCAAGCCACUGGAGGCUAUACUAUAGGUUUUGCCUUGACAGUUUUGCAGAGUGAAUGCCAGCAACUCAUUUGUGAGAUUCUGCGUGCAACACCUGAAGCAGCAUCAGCUGAUGCUGCUGUACAAACAGCUAGGCUUGCUAGCAAGGCACCCUCCAAAAUAAAGAGGGAUGGGGCAGAUGAUGGUCUCACCUUCGCUUUUCGUUUCACAGAUGCUACAAUAUCUGUUCCUAACCAAGGUGUGGAUCUCAUCCGUCAUGGAUGGAGUAGGAAAGGUCCCAAUGUAUCACAAGAAGGCUAUGGAUCUGCAGCUGUCUUGCCUGAGCAAGGCUUUUAUUUGGCAGCAGCCAUAUACCGGCCAGUUCUUCAGUUCACAGAUAAGGUUGCUAAAAUGCUUCCAGAAAAGUACUCGCAGCUUGGGAAUGAUGGAUUACUUGCUUUUUUGGACAAUUUUGUGAAGGACCACUUUUUGCCGACGAUGUUUGUGGACUACCGAAAAAGUGUGCAACAGGCUAUUUCAAGUCCGGCUGCAUUUCGCCCAAGAGCUCACGCUGCUGCAAUUUAUAAUUCAUCUGUCGAGAGGGGUCGACCAGUCUUACAAGGAUUACUGGCUAUUGAUUUCCUUGAGCGAGAGGUGAUUGGUUGGGCUCAAGCCAUGCCCAAGUUUUCUAGCGACCUUGUGAAGUAUGUGCAAACCUUCCUCGAGCGAACAUAUGAAAGGUGUCGAACAUCGUAUAUGGAGGCAGUUCUUGAAAAACAGAGCUAUAUGCUUAUUGGGAGACAUGAUAUUGAUAAAUUACUGCGCCUUGAUCCAGCCAGUGCUUGUUUAUCAAAUCUCAGUAGUCAGUCAGACCUGGAAAAUAAUACUUCUGAUGCUGAAACUGCUGAGAUUGAAUUAGAGCUCUCUAAUUUGUUAUUGAACUUACCGCCAAUUAAGCAGGAGUAUCUUAUUCGUGAUGAUCACAAACUAAUUUUGCUGGCAUCUCUUAGUGACUCACUGGAAUUUGUUGCAGACUCUAUUGACAUGUUGGGACAGACAACUUUCAAACCAUCAUAUCAAGCAGAAGUUAAUGGUGGGCACCAUCAUACCCGAACAAACAGUGCACUUACUCGGGAUCUGGCAUCAUUUUCAGAGGAAUAUAGGAAAUUAUCUAUCGACUGCCUCAAGGUUUUGCGUAUUGAGAUGCAAUUAGAGACACUUUUCCAUUUACAGGAAAUGACAACUAGGGAAUAUAUGGAGAACCAAGAUGCAGAAGAGCCAGAUGACUUUAUUAUUUCCCUCACUGCACAGAUAACACGUAGGGACGAGGAAAUGGCACCUUUUGUUUCAGGACUGAGGCGGAAUUACAUAUUUGGUGGAAUCAGUGGUACUGCAGCAAAUGCAUUUAUUAAGGCGGUAGCUGACAUUAAAUCUAUCAAUCUCUUUGGCGUUCAGCAGAUAUGUCGGAAUUCAAUCGCACUUGAACAGGCGUUGGCAGCAAUUCCUUCAGUUAAUAGCGAGGUAGUACAACAGAGAUUAGAUCGUGUGCGUACUUACUACGAACUAUUGAACAUGCCAUUUGAGGCCUUGCUUGCAUUUAUCAUGGAGCACGAGCAUUUGUUUACCGCAGCCGAGUAUGCCAAUCUUCUCAAGGUCCAGGUUCCAGGAAGGGAGAUUCCACUCGAUGCACAGGACCGUGUAUCCGAGAUCUUAUCUCGUUAGAUUUCAUGUAUCUGAGAUCUUAUCCCGUUAGGUUUUGUGCCACUCAUGUAUCCGUGACCUUAUUCUGUGAACUCCUCAAAUCUCCAGAUGGCCUUUGCUCAUGCCAUAUGCCAUUUUCAGGGGUAUCAGUUCAAAAUGUGAAGCCUAUAGCUCGGUAGUUGUUGAAGUAUAGCUGAAUGGCAACCUUUGAUGAAUCAUACCUUCCCUACGAUGGAGGUUGCUAGCUAUCCCACGGUUUUGUCAUUUGCGGUAAAUUUUAUCAUUUCAUUUGUGGCGGUGUUUUUAAAUCCUUGUGUAGAAUCAAUUUUGGUUCUUUUUUUUGUUUGUCGAUCCUCUUCAGUAACUUCAAUUCAGGUUGGUGAGAAUUGUUAAGGUUUUUUUUUUUAUAAAAAAGAAAAUGUACAUGUGAUGUAGAAAUGUUUUACUUGUAUAAAAGUAUAUUAUUGUUAUUAUUCUUUCC